ACUGCAAGCAGGACAGCGAGCAGUUCAAAAUAAACAGUAAUGGCUUAUAGCGGCUAACGUUAUCGGUUCAUUUUUUCACUAGAGUUAAAGAGAUAUUUGAAAGCAGGUUUGGUUGAUGUGGUGAUAUUAUAUCAUAGGAUCUGUUUAGUCUGCUGUGGCAGUGAGAUAAUAUAGCACAAGUCGAGUUAGGUCUUAACAUAUACUAUAUAGAAUAGGCAUUGCAGCCACCUUUGCGGGCAAUUCUUUAGGUUUCCGGUUGCACAGCGUUGGUGUAUAUUGAGGGUGUUUGGAAUUAAAGCGCUUGUUAUUUCAGCUGGGUUGACGUGAACAUGGCUGUGUUUUGGGACAAUAACCGAAUUCGGGUGCUCGGUCACGCCGCAAUGUGACGCAGUGAGACUUCUAAGGGGGAUUUUGCGCAAAGUGAAAAAAGCUGAAAACGAGCAAUUUGUGGGCGAACUGAACGUACCGAAGUGAGGCAAGUUAGUAUUAAAGGCGACGGGUCGGUAGCGCUAACUAAGACAGAUAGCCGUGACUUAGUGGACAACAGACGCAAGGGUCAGACUGCCUUCGUCACGUUCCGCCGAUCCCUAACGAGCCGGUGUCAACUUACUGAGAUAAGGUCUUCGCUGCCAAAAGGGAAUCGUUACGUCAUUGUACCAGCAACGUGACAUCGAGGGUUUUAUGUUUUUAAACGGCUGCUGCGAAUUUAUUUAUACGGUACCUCGAAAAAAGUUUUUUUCGUCGGUUUACAAAAACUAAAAACUGUGACGUAGAUAGAAGGUAUUAUGAUGCAAUGAAGCGACAGCGAACGUACAAUAAGCUAGGUACAAUGUAACGCGAAUAGAUACAAUGUAACCUUUCAGACAAUUUGAUUUAAAUAGCGACGUACUGUAUAUAAACGUAAGCCUAGUAGUUGACAGUUACUACAUAGUUUAGGUUUGUGUGGGAGUUAGCGCAUGUUAAGUUUAUGUUUCUUCUGUAUAAAGUAUAUAAGGCGGGUAUGAAUAAGAACGCAGGAUGUAUUGCAUAUCCUCGGGGGUGGAAACCUUAGGAGUAUUAUACAUGUGUGGUGGUGCAAACCAGCCAAUGCAGCAAUAUAUGCAACGUAGUUGAAUUGCAAACUUAUUACCGCCUGGCGAAUCUUGUUUUUAAAUUCAUGUUUACCAGCCAGGCGUUUAAGUAUCGGCAGAAUGUCAUUCUCAAACCCAGAAGUCUGGCGUGAGGUAACGAGCCAAAUAAGCGAAUGCGGUUUAUUUCAACAAUCAAACAUAAACAAUGCGGUAAACUUGACUAUAACUAGCGGUUUAUUUAAAACAACAGCCUGAGCGCCCAUUUCGUGUUUAUCCUCAUUCUGCAAUUGCUUAAAUCACGCUAAUGGUAUUUUAUGAAGAAUGACUUUACAGAAAGUUAAACCGCCGACACUUGAAAUGUGUUUGGCCAUGAAACAUAUAUGUCGCUCUGUUAUAGAGAAGCUACAAUUGACCAUGAAGGUACGAAGUAACAGUUUAUCUCUUUGAUUCUGGAUUACAAAUGCAGUUUGAACGUGACGCCGUAGUUCUAAUUCCGAAGUAUCUGAGAAGUUUUAUCCUCUCUGCUCCGAUAAGUGAUAAUUAUGUAGAGUGUUUGGUUCUGUACACAUAUGUGCUGAACCAUCCUACGUAACAAUUAUCUUAAAUUCUUGUAUUAUUUGGCGAAACGGUCACGGUUUUGUUCAGUUUCCAUCCUUGACUGUCUGGUCUGUAUUGAGCCUUCAAGAAAUAGGUAGCAACCGGGACUUAACUUUUUACCAUAAGGAACUAUUAGACACCAAAUAGCAAAGGUUUCAGACUUGUUUUGACUAUCGGUGAAUAUUUGACUAACGUUUUUUUUAAAUUGGUAUUUUUCGUAGUUUUUAUCUUUACCAUGCUUUAACGAAUUUCGUUUUGUUGCUAAUUCUCCUUUUUUUAAUAUCAUAUUUAAGGAGACGUACAACUUUUAAGUUAUAUGAUAGUUGUACGGUAUAUUUUGAGGACUAUGAUUUUAAUGUACUUUCUCCGCAGGUGUUAUAACUCGUAAAAUAUAGAAUCAAUAAAAAUGUUGUAAGAGGCACACCCGACUACUUAUCGGGAUGGAUCGUUUACUUGGCCGUCAAGUAUUCCUCUGUCUGUUUAUAAUUAAACUCCUAGGUCGUCUGGAACAUGCCGGGGCAGAAUCAGACGAACAGAAAAUCGCGUUUCGUGGGAUCGCGUUGCCCGAGACUGGGAAAUUAAACCGACCGGAAACAGAUGUCUCGCUUGGGGUCAUUUAUCCUAAUACUCCGGAUGUCACAUUUAAAGAGGAAAGAAGAAGGGACAAUCUUCAGUUCGACGAUAUUUUUUUGAAAAACAGCAACUUUUUUGAUCAGUUUAGAAGAUCAAAUCCCGACCGAAGGCGAUUUCGUUGCAAAUAUGUUGAUUGCGAAAGAGAUAAACGCGCACCCUCGGAAAAUGUGAUCAGAUUUCCAAGGCAACAAAGUAGGGAUCCAGCGGCGCCGGCUUGGGCCACUUGGACGUCUUGGGCUUCUUGGUCAAGUUGGGAAGACACCUCGGAAAAAAUCGUGAUCACUACGACCACUGUACCGACCGUUCAACCGACCACAACACCACUUGCCACCACCAGGUCACCGAUAAUCCCAGGGCUACCGGGGCCAAGAGGUAAUCCUGGAAAUCCUGGUUUAAAGGGAGAAAAGGGGGACAGAGGUCUACCAGGUAAAGAUGGGAUACCAGGCCCACCCGGAAGGCCAGGACAAGAAGGAGAUUUAGGAUACAGUUACUACUUUGAAGCCAAAGAGGACGAUUAUUACUUCGAUAAAUACGAAGAUUAUGUACAGGGAACACCGGGACCCCCUGGCCCAGUAGGUUACAGAGGAACACCAGGUCCAAAGGGUAAAAGAGGAAUGCGCGGUUUCAAAGGUUACCGGGGUCUAGAAGGAUGGGAGGGAAAUAGAGGUUUACCUGGGCCGAGGGGUGUAAAAGGUGUGAUGGGAAAAGACGGUGCAAAAGGACAGAAAGGUGAAAAGGGAGAAAUCGGGUUCCCAGGGCCACAGGGAGAAGCUGGGCCGCCCGGGAGAAAAGGAGCGAACGGUCAACGAGGUGAACGUGGUUACAACGGCGAGCGUGGAUUACCAGGGGAACCUGGCAUGAAAGGUCGCAAGGGUUCGCCUGGGAGGACUGGAACACGCGGCGCAAAGGGUGAAAUGGGACCACCUGGACCUCAAGGUAGAAGAGGAAUAAUAGGAACACAAGGAAAGUUGGGUCCAGCAGGUGUUGAAGGUUUUGUUGGACCGCUUGGUAUGCCUGGAGAUCGUGGGGUAAGAGGACCAGCUGGAAUAAAGGGGAGAAAUGGAACAAGAGGUGAUCCCGGCCAAACUGGCUACAGAGGAAGAUACGGUGCAAUUGGUCCUUCUGGACCACCAGGGGGUUAUGGUAUCACAGGACCACCAGGACAACAAGGGAGGAGGGGGAGGAUGGGUGAUAAAGGACAAAAAGGAGACACAGGAAAAGAUGGACCAACGGGGAAAAGAGGAUCACCAGGAGUGCCUGGGCAGAAGGGUGAUCAAGGAUUAAGAGGAAGGAAGGGCCCACCUGGUAUAAGAGGAAAAAGAGCCAAGCCAGGAAUCCCAGGACCACCAGGGUAUCCAGGAGACAGGGGUGGGCCUGGGAGGCCAGGCAGACGUGGAAUAAGAGGUCCAUCUGGUAUAAAAGGAUUUCCAGGACUGCAGGGACCCUAUGGUCCAAUCGGAGACUCUGGUGAACCAGGGAUUGCCGGUCUAAGGGGACUUCAAGGCAAGCGUGGAGCUAAAGGAGAAAAGGGAUCCAUUGGACCACCUGGGAUGCCUGGACGUCCUGGGAAACAUGGGAGACAUUUAAACCUUCUUCAGGGCAAGAGAGGAUCAAGAGGUGUAAGAGGAAAACCUGGUCCAAAAGGAUUCAAAGGUGUCAUUGGAAAAGGAGGGACAACUGGGGCUCCUGGUACACAGGGUAAGCAUGGCUAUGAAGGUGCUGUUGGACCUAAAGGAUCCAAGGGGGUUAGGGGGGAGAAGGGAGCUGACGGAAAAGAUGGUCGUAAAGGUGACAAGGGAGAUGUUGGGAAACGAGGCAGAAGAGGAAACCCAGGAUUACGUGGAGAAAUCGGACCACCUGGAUUUGCAGCAGGGCCAGGACCACAAGGGAAAGUUGGUGCGUAUGGACCAAGUGGAGCAAGGGGUCCAAGAGGAAAUAAAGGAUUACCUGGAGCAAAGGGCAGAAAAGGUGUCCGUGGUUUGAAUGGACAAACAGGUCUUACAGGAAUAAAGGGACCUCCAGGUGCAAUUGGCCCAGAAGGACACCAAGGACCUCCAGGCGUACCAGGAUCUAUUGGAUACCCAGGCUACCCAGGGCCAGAGGGAGAGCAAGGACCAAAAGGUUUUUCAGGCUCUACAGGAGGCCCAGGGUUGCCAGGCGAUGACGGGCCAUUUGGAAUCCCAGGUUCACCGGGUGGCUUUGGUAUUCCAGGACCUGAUGGUAUCCAAGGUGAACCAGGAAUAAAAGGGAGCAAAGGGGAAAAAGGUUAUAAAGGAAAACAUGCACGGCCUGGCUUACGUGGAUCUCCCGGCAUACAGGGUUUAAAAGGAACAAAAGGCCAGGAUGGUAUAAAAGGUCGCAAAGGUAACCAGGGUGACACACAUGCUGGUAUACCAGGAGAAAGGGGAAUAAAAGGAUUCACAGGUGGAUUGGGUGAAAGUGGUGCCAUAGGAAGAAAAGGAAAGCAAGGAAAAAAGGGUGCUGCAGGGAGAAAGGGGGCUCAAGGUGAUCCUGGGCCACCUGGGUUUAAGGGAUCAAGAGGUGAAAAAGGUGACUUGGGCUUUCCUGGAGAAAGAGGUAGUCAGGGUAGACCUGGUGUGCCUGGAAUAAAAGGAAAGAAGGGGAAAAGGGGACCAAAAAAUGUAGGUGGCACAGAAGGGCCAAUUGGAACGCCAGGACCGCCUGGUGCAAGGGGUAGGCCGGGAAUUCCUGGCAAGCAAGGUGAAAAAGGAAGCACUGGAAAGAAAGGUUAUUUGGGGUUUAAAGGUUUAGUUGGUUCAAAGGGAGUUUCAGGACAAGAAGGUACAAAAGGUAAGAAGGGAGACCAAGGUGAAGUUGGUCUAACAGGAAGUAAAGGUGUGCUUGGGAAAUCUGGACAAAAGGGAACCAGUGGCCAACCUGGUGCCCAGGGUUCAACGGGUGCAAAGGGUGAGCAAGGGGAAAGAGGAUUACCAGGAGUCAAGGGGGAAACAGGCCAACCAGGCUUAUCUGGUGUUCAAGGUUCUAAAGGCAUAAUGGGAGAAGCUGGUAGCAAAGGUUCAAAGGGAGCUAUGGGUUUAACAGGGCCACAAGGCAAGACUGGUAAAGAUGGAAAGCCUGGACAAAGCAUUAAAGGCAUGAUGGGUGAAAAGGGAGAGAUGGGAGACAAGGGACAACCUGGAAUGAUUGGACCAAUGGGCAAGCCAGGAGUUAAUGGAACAACUGGAUUGCAAGGAGAUCGGGGUAUAAAGGGUGUGCCUGGUCAUGCUGGUAUAGAUGGUGCAAUAGGAGAACCUGGACCUCCAGGAAUACCUGGUCUUCAAGGUGAAAAGGGUAUAAGAGGUCUUAAGGGUUUACCUGGGUUGCAUGGACAGAAGGGUGGUAUUGGACCAAAAGGAGAACUUGGACUAAAGGGCAAAGGAAAACGUGGACCGAUUGGCAUAAAAGGGCCAAAGGGUGAAAAGGGUUAUAUAGGAGCUGUGGGUGUACAAGGAAAGAAUGGAAGCAUUGGAGUAAUUGGGCCAGUUGGAUUGAAAGGAAUAAAAGGAACACAGGGAGCAAUCGGCCCAAAAGGUUUUCCUAGCAAAAGAGGCAUACCAGGGCCAAUGGGUGUUGUUGGUCCAUCUUUUGAAGGGGUGAAAAAUACAACAGAUAAACUAUCUCAAGAAACUCUUCUGCACUAUGAUCUUCAAGGAAACGGCGCAUUUGAACAUCUUUCCAGCAAUAUGUUUGACAUUUACACCACUGUCCUGUUGUUACUUGCCUCUCCACUUGGAUCUCCAUAUUACCCAGCAAGGACCUGCAGAGACCUAUUGAUAUCACAUCCAAAACUACCAGAUGGUUACUACUACAUUGAUCCAAAUGAAGGCUGCCCUGCAGAUGCAAUUAAAGUGUUUUGUAACUUUACUGCUGGUGGUUCUACUUGUGUGACUCCAACACGAGAUCAGCUUCCAUUUCAACGGUGGACUACUAGAAUCAAAUAUUACCGAAGAAAAUAUUUGUGGUGGAGAAGAUAUAAAGGAGGGCAUAUGAUCAACUACUCAGCAGGCAAAGUGCAAUUAAAAAUACUUCGGUAUUUCAGCAAAUUUGCUGUUCAGAAAUUCAAGUUCAAGUGCAUGGGUGUUGUGGCUGCCUAUGACACACAAUACAACAGCUACACAAGCUCAUUAAAGUACAGAGGAGAUGAUGGAAGCGUGCAUAAGCUGUUGGAUGGGGAAGCUUCAUAUUAUAUAAGCAAUGAUGGAUGCCAAUUUAAAACCAUGGAAGAGGCAGAGACAGAAUUUACGAUCCGGACAAACGAUCUAUCAAUGCUACCUGUUCGUGACUUCUCGGUUGCAAACGUGAAAAAGUUCAGCAAGUUUGGGUUGAAUAUUGGGCCUGUCUGUUAUCUAUGAUGUGUAGAAGCAGAUUGAGAAUAUGAAUAAAGAGAAGCUAUGUACGUCAUGGAUUAGAAGAGCGUGAUCUGCUGGUGAUGUAAAAGAAAGGCAAACAGACAAUGGAACUUUGCUUUAGCCUCAAAAUGGAUUCACAAAAUGUAACCAAUUCAAACUGCAGCCCCUGCAAAUACUUGCGCAAUAACUGCAUGCCUGCUAUGUGCUCUUACUGGCUUUCUCUUCGUGUUUUAAAAGCCAACAACUUGGCAGAAACUAUUUGAGUCUCUCCCUUAACUCACUGUGCAGAUUCUAUAGUUCACUUAGAUUGAUUUCAAAUUAUGUUAUAGGUCAUCUUAUAAUUAGUAAAAUAUUAAGCAACACACUGUGUGAACACGAGCGCAAUAUGUCAUAACUUCAAUUGGAUUUACUCGUACUGCGGUAUCAGCGAAACACCCCGCAUCAGAAAACUUGUACACCACAUUGCAGUCUUGUUUCUUUUACAGCGCCGAAACAUGUAUGUGUACAAGCUACCUUGAAAUUUGCACUUAACAGACACUCCACAGCAUAAAUCAGUUCACAAACUGAAUAGAUACUGCCGUAGUUGUACCACAAGAUUCCUAUGCAUGCAUAUGCAUCAUUAUACAUUGUACCACUGCAUGCUAUAUCAAAAUGCACAACCAUUUGGGUCAUGCAGACCCAUUAAGUGUUCUAACGUUCCUGAUUAUUUUAUUUCACAAUUAUUGCCUCAUGUUUUGGUCCGCCUACCUUCAUACAGCAUAAUUAUAUACUUUACUGCAAAUAACUUUAAAUGCACAUUAACUAUUGUUGUAAAAUACACAGAAUUAUGCUA